CUUAGCCUUCUUGCUCUAAACUCACCAUUGUAAACGGUGUAUAACCUUGAAGAAAUACGAGGAAAAUGAUAAGUUCACUUUAUAAUUUGGCAAUUGAUAAAGUUAUUACAAGUAUCACUAAAGGCCACUAUCAAAACAGAAAAGAAAGCUGCAGUCUGGAUCCAAAAUCCAGUAAUCAAAUAUUUGCGACACUCCUCAAUAACCGUUUUCUGUUGUCUUGUGAACUCAACGAUAUCAAAGGACUCGUCUUUAACCUGACAGAUGUCGACUUGAAAAUGAACUUAAUUCACCAUGAGUCUAUGAAAAUGACCAAGUCUCAUUGUUUAGACUCACUUGCCUUAGGUUCAUUCGCAUUUGUGCAUAGAGAUUAUUUUUGUGGAAUAAAACGGAUUAACAUUGUCGGCAUACUAAAUGACAUUCUGAACAAGGGAUCCCAAACAAAGCUGAAGCAUUUGGAGAUCAGAAGUGCCGGAUUAGUUUCUUAUGGAUGGUCUACCAAAAUUUCGGAUAUGCUUCCAUCCCUCAAAAGUUUAAAGGUUACUUACAUAGUAUUCCUGAAAGGAAUAUCCAAAUUGAAAAACCUACAACAACUAAGCAUCAGAGACUUGGAAUUCAGGGACUGCGAGAAUUUGAUGGAUUUAUUUAAAUUAUUCAAUUUAAGAACCCUAGAAAUGUCUAAAUCUAAACCACUAGAGACAUCUAAAAAUAUCAGAAGGUUUGUGGAGUGUGGGAUGGCUCUACCAGCGUUGAGAGUUAUGGAUUGCAGUGGAACUGACAUUGAAGAAGAGCUAUUUGCAAAAUUGUCGAGAUCUCAUCCAAAACUUGAAAAAUUUGCAUUAUUAAAUUGCCAUUUGCAGUAUUCGACGUUGCUCACAAAAAUUACAGUUCUCAACUCAGCGACAUUGGCGUCUUCUCUCGAAACUCUCAACUAUUACACGGAUUUGAAACGAAGUGAACCUGCCAAAAAGUGCUUGUCAGAUAUGUUAUUUCUGUUGAGACAACGCAAUGAAUACGAUUGGGCUGAUUGUUUGAAAAUUAUUUUCCGUGUGAUUGAGACUUUCGUUACGGACACUUGUUCACUGGGCAGCGCGACCACUCCACAUACAAUUGGAAUACUCUGUGUGGCAGAAAUUGCAACAAAUAAUGCUGAACUACUACGUCCAAUUGACGCAACAAAAUCGUUACGUAUAUUGCUCAAUCUUACAUAUACGUUGAAUCGAACGGAUACAGACAUUACGCGAGGACUUAAGGAAUCGAUUUGGUUGGCGAUAUUUAUAUUUGUUUUCUGGAAGAAACAUAUUCCGAUCCGAUACUCAUUGUUUUAAUAUUGCAAAUAAUUGCAAAAUGCUUUCUAAGAAAAACCACUAAUUAUAAAAUUUCGAAGGAAACUAUCAAAGACUCAAAUAUCCUCAUUAGAACUUUAGAGCAUUGCACGUCUCUACAGAAUCAUUGGGCAUGCAGAACAAUCAUCAAAACGAUGUCCAGUACGAUUAUGAGUAAUCCAGAAACAUGCCUUCAUGUCAUUGAAAACGGAGGAGCCAAAGAGUUGUUCAAGUUUUUAUUGGGAUUUGACAAUGAAACUAUUCAACUUGGAAUUCUUCGCAUUUUGAGAAGUCUAGUGAGUAUUCCAAAUGCAAAUUUUGACAAGUUUAUAAAUGUAGAUGUUCAGUACUUAAAACAAAUAUUCAACAAAUGGAAUACAGACAGACUAUAUAUUCUUUAUUCAAUUCUUGCGAUCCUUCUGAAUUACUCUGAUCAAGUUGAUCAAAGUUUUUGGAAAUCUGUUAAUGAACUGUUAGAAAACAAUUAUCAUCGGCUGAAAACAAGUGAAAAUGUUGAUAUCGAUUUGAGAUUUCUUCAGCGCGUGAUGGCAACAACACAAUUUGAUGGAACAACCCUUUGGGUUAUUUAUACAACAAAAAAGAUGAUGGAACAAAAUAAAUACUAUAGAAAACGAGUAAAGGAAUCGAAUAUAUUUAACUUGAUGAAGAAUGUCAGAGUGAAGAAGGAUCUGGCGAAAGUUGAGUUAGAGCUAAUUUUAAAGAGUUUGAAUCAAUUAUAUAAUUUAUAAGUUUUUCUAAAAAAUCUCUUAUUGAUUUGAUUUGAUUUGAUUUGAUUUGAUUUAUUACUAUUAAAAUCGUGAUGAAAUAAAAGAUGAA